AUGUCUGACAACGGCGAAAACGGCGAGGAGCUAGUCACCAAGCCCUUCAAGUUCGUCACUGGCUUCGAUGCCCGCUUCCCCAACCAGAACCAGACCAAGCACUGCUGGCAAAACUACGUCGACUACCACAAGUGCAUCAAUGCCAAGGGCGAGGACUUUGCUCCCUGCAACCAGUUCAAGUUGGCCUACAAAUCUCUGUGCCCCAGCGGCUGGACAUCGCGAUGGGACGACCAGCGUGAGGCCGGAAACUUCCCCGUAAAGCUCGACCAGUAA